GCCGCGCCGGGCGCCCAAAGAGCAGGCGCGCUCGCACGGCCCGGCUGCGCGCACGCGGUCCCCAGCGCGGGAGCAGAGGCAGCAGGAGCCCCGGCGGCGCGCCCGCGCCCGCGCCCGCACCCGCCGCGCGAUGCCCCGCAGCCUGCACGCUGCCGCAGUCCUCCUGCUCCUCUGCUUUAAGGAACAGCCGGCCCGCCCAGCCCCGCUCAACGGAUCCAAGUGGACCUAUUUUGGUCCCGAUGGGGAGAAGAGCUGGUCCAAGAAGUACCCGUCAUGUGGGGGUGUGCUGCAGUCCCCAAUAGACCUGCACAGUGACAUCCUCCAGUACGACGCCAGCCUUGUGCCCCUGGGGUUCCAAGGCUACAAUGUUUCUGCCAACGAGCAGUUUAUCCUGACCAACGACGGCCACUCAGUGAGGCUGAACCUGAUCCCGGACAUGCACCUCCAGGGCCUCCGGUCCCGCUACACUGCCACACAGCUGCACCUGCACUGGGGGAGCCAGAAUGACCCGCAUGGCUCCGAGCACACUGUCGGUGGGAAGCACUUUGCCGCGGAGUUGCAUAUCGUCCACUAUAAUUCGGACCUGUACCCCAAUGCCAGCAGCGCCAGUAACAAGUCAGAGGGCCUCGCCGUCCUAGCUGUUCUCAUAGAGAUGGGCUCCUUCAAUCCAUCUUAUGACAAGAUCUUCAGGCACCUUCAAGAUGUAAGAUACAAAGGCCAAGCAGUGCUCAUUCCGGGUUUCAGCAUCGAAGAGCUGCUUCCUGAGAGGCCUGAUGAGUACUACCGCUACAAAGGGUCCCUGACCACACCUCCUUGUCACCCCACAGUGCUCUGGACGGUUUUCCGGAACCCUGUGCAAAUUUCCCAGGAGCAGCUGCUGGCUUUGGAGACUGCUCUGUACUACACAUACGUGGAUGACCCAUCCCCCAGAGAAAUGGUCAACAACUUCCGGCGGGUCCAGGAGUUUGAGGAGAGGCAGGUGUACAUCUCUUUCCGACAAGUGCAAGACCUUACGUACGCAGGACUGAGUCUGGGCAUCGUCCUUUCAGUGGUCCUGGCUGGCGUUCUUGGCAUCUGUGUUGUCCUGGCAGUGUCCAUUUGGCUCUUCAGAAGAAAGAAGAGUAGCAAAAAAGGUGAAAACAAAGGGGUCAUUUACAAACCAGCCAUCAAGAAGGAGACUGAAGCCCAUGCCUGAGGCCCCACAACUCGCCGGCACAUCCAAGGAAGAACUUUGCUUUGGACACUCCACACUGUGGCUCCCUAGAUGUUUGAAAUACCUGAGGGUUCUCUGAAGCUCAACCCACAAAUGCCCCAGACCCACAAGGGGACUCUAGGUGGGGGCCCUCCCAUCCUGAUGCCACAGCCACUACCAGUACAUCUGUGGAUGGGAAGAACUCGUCAAAGAGGCAGGAACUCUGAGCUGCCUACUUCAUCUGUGUGACACCAUGAAGUUGUCUGGAUUCUGGGGGCACAAACCAAGUCACCCACUGGGGGCUGUUAUUGGUCAGAAAACACUUUCACCCAGGGAUUCACUUGAGUGUGGUUUCAAGGAUCCUGGAAAUUCUGCUUCUUGUCCAAGCCUUCAGACCAAAAUGUCCAUUCUCUGCUUAGGUUUUGCUUUUGAGACUCUGUUUCUUUCCUCAGGGACGGGGUUGUUUUCCUCUGAUUUCCUUCUGCUAUGACAAAACUUCUGGUCUGACCUUACAACUGAGAGGAAGAAUGAUACAGGAAGGGUCAAGAUGUCAGAGGCAAAAGAAAACAAAAGCUAUUCUUUGAAACACAGUAGAGGCAUUUCCAAAGCCCAGUCAACCUCACUGAAUGGACCCGAGACAGAGACAGAAUGAGAAGACACACAAGGUCUGGAGGAACUGAAUUUGGAGUCAGAACUGGAGUCAGAGGUGGUCUGUCAAGUCCUAAGUGUAAGAAGGACAGAAUAUUAAGCCUGAGCCCAACCUCAUAUCAGCAGCGCAGUGAUGCUUUGUACUUCACAGAUUCUACAAAGAAUUAGGCUAUUCCUUGAAAAGUGUUGUUGCUUUCUCUCUCCUAGAGUAGAUAUGAGUUCUGAGAUGACCCAAACUGCUUUUGAAUGUAGAGGAAAUAGGCAGAAGAAAAAUGACUGAAGAGCUUUGUCUCUUGCCCGGCUUUCUUUUUGGCUACUUCUGUGGCAUUCCUACCGCCAGUGCACCUACUUCCCUGACUUUGAGGACGUUGAGUCAUG